GGAGGGUGUUUAUACAUAAGAGGAAGAAGCCUGCUCACUACGGAGAACAUUAUUCCAUCUAUACCUAACUUCUAACAACAACUACUAUACAUAUACGCUCUACUCAACACGAUCAUCUCGAUCAACAUUACUACUACUUUCAAAAUGAACGCCUUCAGAGACUCUGUUUCCUCCACCCCGGCCGCUGCAUCGGGUGUACCAACCCCAGCUUCAGCCACCGCUCCCACUUCCACCCGCGACACUCUCCACGCUGCUUCAGCCGCUCUGGGGCUUACAUCUCAAGGACUGGAUCUCUGCCCUCACUGCUUCCGUGAGCUGUUGCACUGCAAUGAGAGGUUCUCAUUCGUCUGAUCGCACGAAGCACCCAAUCUCCGCACGCUGGACGUCUAAAAUUUCGUUCGGCACUGUAUACUACAACAAGAACCCUUAUUCCGUCAUGACGAUGAAGUUAUUGGCUUAAAGGGGCUACGAGAUAUUUUUGGGGGGUUCUCUACUUUUUUUCUGGAACGGCGAUGCAUAAUGGGAAAGUAAACACGGGUGGCGUUUGAUGUUGGGCUGAUAAACUGGCAGUCCGGCAUUUCAUACCCCACCUUUUGGUCGAAUUGGUGCUGGGAACAUGUAUAUUUCUGCAUCGCAUCUCAAUUGGAUUUAAAACUUUGGCCAUUUAUCACAUACGAUUAAC